AAGUUGUGGUUUAUCGCGUGAUAAUCGAGAAUAGUGAGAAAUAUCUGCCGGUAUCGAAAUUUUUAAGCUUUAGUAUUAGACGGUUUACGUUAAUCCUCUUUAAUCUCUUGGUGUUCAAAAUUUCAAUAAAUUCUCAAAAUGAACGAAUCAGCAUCAAGAAAGAGGAAUCGCAGUGAUAAUUUUGAUGUGGAUGAUGUUGAGUUGUUAUUAGGUUUGGUCAAUGAACAUACAGAUAUGCUAGAUUCGCCAAAAAUUGAAACCAAGAAAGAAGGAUGGGAUAUCAUACAUACCAAGUUUAAUGCAAAUUGUACGGGAAUCAAACGUGACUUGAAUGCAUUAAAAUCAAAAAUUAAGAAUCUAAAGGCACAAAGCAAGAAAGUAAAUCUGAAGUUAGAAACAAGCCAACAAGAUCCUUUGGCAUCAAAUGAUGUAAUGAAUGGAGAUAAUGGCAAUGACACCAAUGAUGAAUAUGAAAUGGAUGUAAGUCAAACUGAUGAAGACACAAAGCCAAUAAUCAGCCAUUGUAGUAGUAAUGGAAGCAAUAAAACAAGAAAAAGAUGUAAGAAAUUCACAAAAGAAGAAUGUGACCUGCUCCUUUCAUUACAUGAAAAGUAUUGUGCUAAUUUGGAUACGUCGUCAACAGCUAAUUCCGUUAAAAAAAGACAGGAAGCUUGGGAUAAUCUCACAUAUGAGUUUAAUGACUUACAGUCGAGUGGAGUUACGCGAGAGUGUAAUGAACUGAAAAUUAAAUACAAGAAUAUUAAAGCAUUAAAAGUUAAAACAGAACCGAUGGAGUCACAAACAAUAGUCAACAAUAUGAGAGUCUUCAACGAGUCAGACUCGUCAAGCAAAGCAGUAGUUGAAGACAGAAAAAUUAUCAGUACACGACCUAUUCGUUCCUUACAAAAUCCAGCUGUAACAAAGACUUUUGCACAUCUUGCAAACUCAACAGCCACAAAUGACAUGUUCUAUGAUGACGAUGAUUAUGAGGAAGACUUUAACCAUGGAAAUCACAAGCAGCCAACACACGAAGACAAGGAAGUAGAAAAGGUUCGAAGAGAAAACAUUCUCCUUAAAAAUGCAGUACUACGCAAGAAGGAACGCUUGUUAGAGCUGCAAAUUGCUCUGGCUGAACGGAAUCUUCGACGACAGCUAUAAUAUAAUUUACAAGACAUUAAAAAAUUCUCAUUAAACUAGUUAUAAACUUAACGAUGUCAUACACAUAAUUUAAGGAACAGAUAGAUACAGUACAGGAACAGAAAAUAGAUGCAUAGCAAUGAAAGGGAUUUGAUAGUAGAUUUUUAAUAAGACUAAAUAUAUUUUAUUAUUGUGUAAAUAAUAUUCAUG